CUGGCUUCGAAUCUGAUGCCACUUGAUGGACAUCCUCCCAUCCUGAUCUUAGCAGGGAAGUAUAUGGACAGUUUAUACUGAAAUUCUUAAAACAAAUGUUGUUCCUUUAAAACCGGACAUUUGCCUUGUGCAAUAAAAACUAGAACCUCAGACAAAAAAAAGCUGUAGUGUUGCUGUUACUGGCUUUGUACAUAUUCUUAAUAGCUUUCCGAACCGUUCCAAGCAGAAUCAGUCAUUGAGCAAUUGUGUAGGUGUCUAUCACACAAGCUACAGCUUUUUAUCAGGUCAUCUUGCUUGUAUCAACCAUUUAUCAGUUCAUCUUGCUUGUGUGUGUUUGCAUGUCCUGUGGUUUUGUUACAAAAAAAGACUGAAGACGAGGCUGUUAAGAAAAGAGGAAAUUAGAUUGUAGAGCAAAAGCCCAAAGCCUGAGCUGGCAGUGGUUGAGGACGCUGAGUGGGCUCCAUUUCAUUUCAAGAUGCCUAGUUACACAGUAACAGUGGCCACUGGCAGCCAGUGGUUUGCUGGGACGGAUGAUUAUAUUUAUCUAACUCUAGUGGGAUCUGAGGGCUGCAGUGAGAGGACCCUCCUGGAUAAAGCAUUCUACAAUGACUUUGAAAGAGGAGCAGUUGACUCUUAUGAUGUGAAUGUGGCUGAAGAUGUUGGUGAAAUUCAGCUUGUGAAGAUUGAGAAGCGGAAGUACUGGGUUCAGGAUGACUGGUACUGCAAGUACAUCACAGUGAAAACCCCCGCAGGAGACUAUGUGGAGUUCCCGUGUUACAGAUGGGUCAGCGAUGAGCAGGAGAUUGUGCUCAGAGAUGGGACCGCUAGGUUGCCGAAGGAUGAUGUAACACAAGUUGCAAAACAGCACAGGCGCAAAGAGCUUGAGGAGAGGCAAAAGCUGUACAGAUGGAUGGAAUGGCACCCCGGUUUCCCUCUAAGUAUUGAUGCCAAAACUUGCAAGGAUUUGCCUCGUGACAUUCAGUUUGACAGCGAGAAGGGAGUGGAUUUCAUCCUGAACUACACCAAAGCGAUGGAGAACCUCUACGUGAAUCGUUUCAUGCACAUGUUCCAGUCUUCCUGGAGUGACUUUGCAGACUUCGAGAAGAUCUUUCUUAGGAUCAGUAACACAAUAUCAGAAUAUGUCAUGCAGCACUGGCAGGAGGAUUUCAUGUUCGGGUACCAGUACCUGAAUGGCUGUAACCCGGUCAUGAUUCAGAAGUGCACCAAGCUGCCUGAUAAGUUCCCUGUCACCACUGAAAUGGUGGACUGCAGCCUAGAGCGCAACCUGACCCUGGAGGAGGAAAUAAAGGCGGGCAAUGUCUACAUAGCGGACUACAGCCUUCUGGAUGGGGUCUCUGCCAACUCAACUGAUCCCUGCACCAUCCAGUAUUUGGCUGCUCCGAUCUGCCUCUUGUACAAGAACUUGCAGAAUAAGGUCCUCCCCAUUGCCAUUCAGCUGGCCCAGACACCAGGAGAAAACAAUCCCAUUUACUUGCCUAGUGAUGAGAAAUAUGAUUGGCUGCUGGCAAAAAUCUGGGUGCGUUCUUCAGAUUUCCACAUACACCAGACUGUCACCCACCUCCUGCGCACCCAUCUCAUCUCAGAAGUGUUUGGGAUUGCUAUGUACCGUCAGCUGCCAGCCGUCCACCCCCUAUUCAAGCUGAUCCUUCCCCAUGUGAAAUUUACAAUAGCGAUCAACACCAAGGCUCGGGAGCAGCUGAUCUGUGAGUGCGGCCUGUUUGAUAAGGCAAACGCUACAGGUGGUGGAGGACAUGUUCAGCUAGUGCAGAGAGCCAUGAAGCAAUUCAAAUUCUCAUCUCUCUGUUUCCCUGAAGAAAUACAAAUGAGAGGUGUGGAUAGCAAGGAGGAGCUCCCCUAUUACUUGUACAGGGAUGACGGAAAUAUGGUGUGGGAGGCCACCAAGAGCUUUGUUUCAGAUGUUGUGAACAUCUAUUAUGACAGCGAUGAGACAGUUAGCACAGAUGUCGAACUCCAGGCUUUUGUUAAAGAUGUGUCCGUCUUUGGACUCAAUGGCAAUGAAGAUUUAGGAUUUCCCAAGACUAUCAUGACCCGGGACAAACUGAUAGAGUACGUGACAGUGAUUAUCUUCGUUGCCUCAUCACAGCAUGCUGCAGUCAAUUUCGGACAGUUUGAUUGGUGUUCUUGGAUUCCCAACUCUCCCCCGACCAUGCGGCGCCCCCCACCCACAGAGAAGGGUGUGGUCACCAUCAACUACAUCAUUGAGAGCCUUCCGGACCGAGGGCGCUCCUGCUGGCACCUGGGUGCUGUGUGGGCGCUCAGUCAGUUCCAGGAAAACGAACUUUUCCUAGGCAUGUACACGGAUGAACAUUUCAUUGAGAAACCUGUGAAGAACGCCAUGAAAAAAUUCAGGAAGAAACUGGACGAGAUCUCCAACAUCAUAAAAGAAAGAAACAAGAAUAAGAAGCUCCCCUAUUACUAUUUUUCACCAGACAGAAUCCCAAAUAGCGUUGCUGUGUAACUGAACGAAUGACAACGACCACCUAGAAACGAUCUGGCCUGUAUAAAGUGUGCUCUUCUUUAAAAGUGAAGUUUAAUGUUGGUUGAACCAAAAUGAAGAAUGCAGUAUCAAGUAGGGGUGCAACACUUAAUCGAUGCAUCGAUUAUUGAUCAUCUGUCCUUAAAUUUCCCCAGCUUCGAUUACAUAUUGGUGAAUCGAUGCACCAAAUUAGAACUCAGUUUGAAGUCUCCUUUUGCCGGUUUGCAUUAAAACCUUGAGUGUGUGAGUGCGCUUCUUUUAGUGCUAGUAUGGUAGAUUAGCGCGUUGCUAGGAUACACACUUUAGGCCUCUACAUUCGUGUUGGACAAGCCAAAUCAGAAGUAGGCAUAUUGUAUUCAUGUUUUCUUGAUUUAAAAAUAAAAGCAAUUUUUCUUUUAAUCUA